CUUUAGGUAUUGAAAGGAUGCAAUGAGGUCACCCCUCAGCCUUCCCUUCUCCAGGCUGAACAAGCCCAGCUCCUUCAGCCUUUCUCCCUCUGCCUUCUCCAGCCCUCUGAUCAUCUUCGCAGCCCUCCUCCAGACUCUCUCAAAAGAUGAUCUGCUAUUUCUGAAGCAACAAACCCUACUUAAAACGCUCCACACUCGCUCAUCCAAAAGGGGAGGCGGCUCCGAGAGGCGGAGCGAGGCGGGGCGGCAGCACCGAGGGCUCCCGGGGGAUUGGGCCGAGGUACCGCCCGCUGCCGGUAAGUACAACCCGGCUGGGGGCACCGGGAGACCCUCGGCGCUGAGCUGGGAGUUCCUGGGGGCUUUCCACGCGGGUUGGGGCUUUGCGUGCUCGGAAAUGGGGGUUUUGUAUCCUCAGGGAUGCUCAGCUCGACCAUGGGGAAUCUAUGCCCCCCAGGAUAUGGGGUUUUGCACCCCAACAUCACGGGGUUUUGCUUCCUGAGGGCUGUGGGUUGGCGGCCCCAGGGUUGGGGGAUCUGCAGCCCCCACGGUUGGGGUUUUGCAUCCCAGAGGCUGCAGGAUGGUACCUCGGGUGCUGGUGGCCCCAGGGUUGGGGGUUCUGUACCUCACAUCUUGAAGAUCUGCAACCCCAGUGGUUGGGAUUUCACAACCCUGGAGUUGUAAGCUUGCAUCCCUGCAGGUUGGGGUUCACAUCUCGGCUAUUGGGGUUUUGCACCCCUGACACUUGUGAGCUCUCCCUCGUGUUAACAUUGCAGGUUUAACUUUGUCUUGAGUUUUACUGCUGCGUGCCAGCUCCUCAGAGAAGUGCAGCAGCCUCACUUCUGCAGGGUUUGAUGCACGGCGGUGGUGCAGAUGAUGCUCACGUGCAGCCCAGCUCUGAGCAGGAAUGGACUAUAGUGUCCUGCAUGCUGCACCUCGCUGCUCCUAUAUGAUACCACUGUGAUGCUUCACCCGGCUGUGGCCAUGGUCAAGUUUGAAGGUGACUCAGGUGGAGCAUUUCUUAGCAAGAAAGAAAGAAGUUGCUGGCUUGUCUGUAUAACACAGUGUGUAGAUGUACUUCCAGGGACUCUACGUGGGGAUGCCAGCCUGCACCAGCAACUAAGGUGGUACUCGAACAUCAUAGAGUGACUGCAAAGACAGACUCCAAGAGCUGAGAUCUCCUUGAAGUUUUAGUGCAGUGUGUGCUCGUGGAUCAUCACCAGAGCAGCUGUAUCUCUUAACAGGGGGAAGAUGCUGACAGACAAAAAUGAGUCGUGGCUCUCUAAUUUCUCUGCUCCAUCAUCCUUUGUGAAAGGAGCUGGCAGACAGGCAGGGAUCGGCCUCCAGGAGGUGGCCAUCGGCCUCAUACUCACCCUCAUUGACUUGGUCACACUGUUGGGAAAUACAGUAGUCUUUAUUUGCCCGGUGGUGGAAAAGAGGCUGCGGACUGUCACCUACAUGUUUAUCAUGUCCUUGGCCAUGGCAGACUUCCUUGUAGCUUGCCUUGUCAUGCCGUUCAGCAUCAUUUACGAGGUGACGGGGAUGUGGUUGUUUGGGAAGCUGUUCUGCAAAGUCUGGAUCUCCUUCGAUGUCAUGUUCUGCACCGCUUCCAUUGUCACUCUGUGCUUUAUCAGCCUGGACAGAUACUGCUCUGUGGUGACCCCAUCUCACUAUUCCAGAAGGAUGUCCCGUGGCAGAUGCGUUGUGAUGACCUGCACAGUCUGGGUAUACUCCUCCCUUAUUUCCUUCCUUCCCGUCAUGCAGGGCUGGAAUGAGAUCCCCGGGGUGGAUUUUGACGCAGGCAGAGAAUGCAUCUUCGUCACCAACUGGAUUUUUGCCAUCGUAGCAUCUGCUCUUGCGUUUUUUGUCCCCUUCAUGGUCAUGUGCAGUAUGUACUUCUUCAUCUAUCGAGCUUCCCGGCUCAAGGCCACUCGUAUCAUGUCUCAGACCCUGGAGAUCCACUACCACCCUAACAGCAAGCGGCAAAACCACCUGCAGCUGGAGAACAAGGCUACACGGACCAUUAGCAUCAUCAUUUCUGUCUUUGUGCUGUGUUGGCUGCCGUACUUUGUCCUCAACGUGUGGCUUGCUGCCAGGGGCAGUAACUCUGCAAGCACAGUCCUGGUCGAAACCUUCAAGGUCAUCACUUGGUUAGGAUAUUGCAACUCCACUAUCAACCCAAUGCUCUAUGCUUUCCUCAACAGGGACUUCCAGCGGGCCCUGAGGAAGCUGCUCAUCUGCAGGCACAGGUCUCAGGUGGACAUUGGAGAAGACAUGGUUUCCAUAGCCACCUUCACCAAGACUGCUCCAGACUUGGACUAUAGCAUUACAGUGCCAGUGCCCAAUGACGCCCAGAAGGGCAAGCCUAAGCAGUAGGGUUCAGAGCCAGUUGCUGGAAGGAGGUGGUACAGAAAAUGCAAGAGUGUGUCCUAAUGGAAAAAUGAAUGUCCAGAAAACAGAGAAAGGAGGGACUGGAAUGUGACUCGGGGCAUAUGGUUAAAUUAUUCCACAGUUCUAUGAACAAGAACCAGUUUGUUACAGCAAAUGGAGCAAAUUCCUUCCUGGGUCAUUAUUUUUUAAAAUGAGUAUUUCCUAAGAGGAAUUCAAUCUUCGUGCUAGAGAAAUAUUUCAGUAUGGUAACAUCAACUUGAUUUACUCUGUAUACAUUGUGGUCAUUUCCUACAGCUUAAGUUGGAACAGUCUUUCUGAUCCAGCAACUGUAGCUCUUCUCUUGCACUUUAUAAUGUAAAGUUAACUGGUUUUAGUAGUGCACCUGAGUCAUUUUGUGAACUGGAGGUGAUGGGAAGGAUGCGACCAAAGAGCAAAGGUUGCUGUUCAAUGCAGGCAGCACGGGGCUCAGCUGCAUGCUCUCUGCAGUCUGAGCUGCAGGUCACAGGUGCCCAACACCAGCAAAGUUAUUUUCUGUAAUGCACUGUGAUGUCUGGGCAGCUAUGCUAAGAGCUGAGCUAUACAGUACUGAUGGACCACACACAUGAAAAAAAAUUGAUAUACCUCAUGCCUUGCUUCCUGCUCUGUCUGUAUCUCCUUUCCACGCAGCACUGGGCAAGUAGAGGAUAGGAAAGUAAACCAGCUACAGAUACAGACUGCCAGUUCUAGCUGCAUGAGACUGCCACCUGCAGCACACAGAUGCAGAUUUCGAACAGAAGCGACUACUACUGUGUUAAAUAAAAAAGUUUAUUAAAUCAUUUAGACUUUAAAUAAGUCACAAUAAUUAAUGCACUCAACAAUUAUAGCGAGUGCAUUCUGUACACCACCAACCCAAAUGGAUUGAUUCUGUAUUUUAUAAAUAAAAAUUAACAUAUUUACAAUGAGAAAUAAAAGCACGGCAUUAGGCAGUUAAAUUAGCAGAUUACACAAAUGCCUACCAGUUGAUUUUUCUUUUUUUAAAGUACAAAUCUACAAGAUUACAUACAACACGUAUGAUUUCAUUAAGGUUUAAAUUGUCAGAUUCACAAUGUUUUUUUGUACAUCAUUUUUACUAUGGCUCUUCCAACCAUUGCCUAUAAGCCCUCUUUUAAUGGCAAAAAGCUCCUCUCCCUUCCCUACAGGUUUAUCUGUAUAAAAUGCAUUCCCUAAGAUCUACUACAGUGUAGAAAUAUGCAAAAAGAUUUCCUCUAAAGACUGGCUAUGGAGAAUGACAAUAUGUACAGCUGUGGUAAUUUUUUUUUUGCUUUAAAAAUAGUGCAGAUUCCCAGCUUACCUACCAGGGACAAAAACCGGAGUCAUCCUUUUGUGGUUUUUCUUUUGCUUUUCCAAAAUCAUCUUCAUUUCACCAAAGAGCAAGUGAUUCCGAUAUACACUCACUAGGCUUAGAGACCGUAAUUUGCUCUAUAAAAAUACAGUAUUUUAAUUCUAUUUACACGUUACAGAUCUCUCACUUACCCAGCAAGAAGAUGUAUACAAGCUUCAGG